AUGAAAUUUUCAUUUUCUCUAUCUAAACUAUCUGUUUUCUUUAUCCUGGUCAUACCUUUCCUCAUUAUACAUAGUGUUUCGUCACUGAACCUUACCAAUGAAUAUAUCAACCACAAAUGCCUAUUUAAUCAAGGGAAAUAUAGAUCAGGGAGUAAGUACGAAGAAAACCUCAACCGUGCCUUCAACGUCAUGCGUGAUAACACGUAUGCUGAGACCGGUUUCACAGACACAGAUAUUGGAACAUCUCCUGAUUCUGUUACCAUCGUUUCCCAGUGUCGUGGUGACACUUAUGGGUCUAAAUGUCAUACAUGCCUCGACGUCGCAGUCGCAGGGUUACGUAAGAGAUGUCCGUGGAACAAAGGGAGAAUAAUAUGGUACGACCAAUGUUUUAUAUAUAUUACUACGACCGGUGUAGAAGUUCCAUAUAGGACUGACUACAAGAAUAUGUUUUCUAUUCACAACCACAAUAACGUGAGAGGAGAUGUAAAACUUUUCACCAAUAGAGCAAUGGAUUUUUUCUCUGAACUAACACUUAAAGCCGAGAAACACGUCUAUGAUGGCUUCGGCCUCAUAUAUUACGCGGCAGGAGAAAAGAAGCUCGGAAAAAAUAAAUUAUAUGCAAUGGUGCAGUGUCUAGGACUAACGUUAGAUUGUACAAGUUGUUUGACAGUGAGUGUUAAGAAGCUUUUUGAGAAUGGAAAUAUUAAACAAGGAGCAAGAAUUUGGGUAUAAACUGUG